UGUCCCAAUCUUGGCACCCCCACACAUCAAGUCUGUAACGAAAAUGAAACUCAUUACAGUGUUGGCAUUCGCCUGCGUAGCCACGUUUGCUGUCCUUCAUGGAGUUUACGGAUCGCCGGUGCCGGCCCCGGUGCCCGAUCCCAGUCCAGUAGCAGAUCCGAAACCCAAGGCGGAGCCUUCACCCGAUCCGGAACCAGUGCCUCAUCCUAACCCCAAUCCAAAUCCUAAUCCAGCACUGGUAGCUUCACCGCUUGAAACGAAACUGAACCCAGCCCUCCAGGGAGGUGAUGCCAAUGUUGUGGCCCUCUCACCCAAUGCCGAUCCCUUGGUUUCGGCUCCAGGAGCCCCGGGCCAGAAAAUCGAGGAGACCUUGGCGGUCUAAAAUGGGGGCUAGACCCUGGCAAGUGCAGCAGCAAAGUCACAAAGGAGCCUGGACACGCACACAAGAAAGACACACACACGAAUAUAAUAUAAUUUAAUAUUUGAUGUAUGUAUGUACGCACUUAUAUAUUCCAACAUCCAGCAUGGGCAUUAAUAAAAUUGCAACAAAAAAAUAA